CCUUAAUGGCGGACAAACUCAAACCCCAAAAAUUUUAAAAUGUCUAAAUUUACCGUAUUACUCAUCGAAAUGAGCCAAUUAUAAUGUCCAAUGUUGUUGUACAGGUGGGGCAAUGUGGCAAUCAACUAGGCCAACAUUUUUGGAAGCAGGUGUUAAAAGAUAAACAAAAUAAUGAUAGCCAUGGAUUUGUUCACUAUGAUGGGAAAUUCCAUUCAGUUAAUGUAGAUAGUGAACCAAAAGUGGUGAAGCGACUUCUAAAGGACAACAAACAGAGUAAUUUCAGAAAAGAAAAUGUAAUUCUUGGCAAACGAGGACGGGGAACAAAUUGGGCGCUAGGCUACAAUGGGCCCAAGUCAGGGGAUGAUAGAGAUCUGUUGGGCAUUGCAACAGAGGCAAUCAGGAAAGAGGUAGAAAGGUGUGACAGUUUCUCUGGCAUUGUGAUGGUCCACAGCAUCAGUGGUGGAACUGGCUCAGGUGUAGGAGCUCACUUGAGUGAGAUUCUGAGAGAUGAAUAUCCAUUGGCCUACCAACUGUCAUGUGUUGUAGCUCCACAUGCUACUGGAGAGAGCCCACUUCAACAUUACAACUCGCUGCUAUGUCUUUCCUGGUUACAAAGGUUCAGUGACUCCAUCAUGUUUUUCCAAAAUGAUGACAUUCUAUAUCGUCUGAAUAAACGUCUGAAAAGUGAUGGCCGGAGUGUAUCCUUCAAUGAUAUGAAUUUACAUAUUGCUGCAUGCAUGGCAGGGGUCAUGUUGCCUGUUGACAGUGUUACUCCUAAAUGUGGUAUGAGUAUUGGGAUGGAGCCAUGGGAAAUGAUCAGGUCUAUUUGUCCAAUACCUACAACUAAGUUCAUCCACAUUAACCAGCUAAACAAGAGCAAACUUAGCUGGGAUGAACUGACAAGCCAAGUUUUACACACAGUGAAGAGACAUGACUCAGCUGGCAAAACAUUUUCCUCUAUUGCCAACUUAGUAAUAGCUCGAGGAGAUACAACAAGGUCAUUUCCAGGUCACAUGACCAGUAUAAGUCAGAAGGUCAAGGCCACUUAUUCUGCUGUAACUUGGAAUCCAUUCCCUGUUGACUUCUGGAUAGCAAGGCAUAACUCAAUAGGAGCCAAAGAUUCAGCAUCGGUUACCAUAGCAUCUAACUAUAGUAAUGUGUUGGAUGUUUUGGAGAGGACGGUUAGGAGAUCACAACAAAUGUAUGAUGCAGGGGCGUACCUACACUGGUACUGGAAACAUGGCCUUGAAAAGGAUGUGUUUGAAAGUUCCUUUGAGACAAUAGAGACUGUUAUAAAGAAUUAUAAAGAUGCUGUAUCUUGACAUAAAGACUUGAAUGGGAGAUAAAUUGUUCAUAGAGAACUUUAAAUGAAGUCUGCACCCUGAGCUCCUUGGCUAGUACUCCCUCUGUCAAAGAUCAAUCAUUUUGCAUGUUGGUGUUCAGUAAAAGCGCACCACCUACAAACCUACAUGUGGCUGUAGUACAUGUAUAUGGAGUUUCCUUCAGAAGACAAAUCUGAGUUCUGCAAGAGACAAAGUGUACAAAUUUUUGAAAAAUAUAUACAUUCUCUUUCAAGAGAAAAAGUAUAUCAUACCCAUUGUGAAUCAAAAUAGGUGCAAGGUGCUUUCUGCUUUCUCCUUGUUCUCCAGGAGACAAGUAUUCGAGUUUUUGUUUUUUUCAUUCUAAUUAAAUAAGAGCAGUUUUAACAUUGACACAUUUUAGAUAAAUUGUUCAGUGUGAAAAACAAAAUACAGUACUCCCACUUAUAUUCGACACUUAUAUUUCGUGUUUUGUGCAUUUUGAAAUUUCGCGGCUAUUAUAUUUCGCUAAUUUGUAGUACAUAUUUACAGUUAUA